CCGUCACGACACGGUCGUUGACGGGUUGGCGCGAAAGUAGAAUUGUCUACCUCUCUUCCUUUAACACAACCAUUACACAACCUUCUUCCCCUCCUCUCUCUCUCUCUCUCUCUGGAAAUUGGAAAUUGGAAAUUGGGUUUUCAUUACACAGGCAUCGACCUUUUCAAACCCAGAAACAAAUCAAUGGCGUUUCAUUUUCUUUUCAACAGAAGAGACAUCGAUUACAAUCAAAAGACGAUAACCGCCAUGGAUGAGAAAGAUGCGAGCUUCAAAGACGCAGCCAACGGAACGCCUCUCUCCACCGUGGCGGUGGCGUUCGAGGAACUUUCUAAAUCGGUGAAGUCUAGCCGCUCCUACGACCUCCGUUUGAAGCCCUUUUGCGAUGCCUGUUCUCUCGUCUCCGUCCUCUUCGGCUCCCUUGGCAUCGCCUUCAAAUUCGCCGAGUUGGAAUACUGCUCCAAGCCACAGUGGGAUGUAGACAUAGAUUCCCAUAGGGUGGCAGCAUGCCCAAUGUAGCAACGUUGAGGGUGAAGAAGGGAAAUGCCACUAGUGCGUGAUCUUGUGGAAGCGUCAAAUAUGUAUGGCACUUUAAAUAACGUACUUGACGUUGAUGUCAAAAAUGACACAGUGAGAACACAAGGAAGCCUUUCACGUAAUCUACGCAGAGUUAGGCAGGGUCUCGACCUCAUCAGAGCUAUAUUCGAAAAUUUUUUGUCUUCAGAGUAUGUUCCUCUCUUUUAUAGUAUCUUCCUUCUCUCACAUCUACUAAAAUGUUUCCUGGCACUUGUUAUUUGGAAAAAUUUAUGUCCUCCUAUUCAGGCUCGUUGAUACAAUAUGUGCUUUGAUGAUGCAUAUUAUUGCUCCACUAGAUGUAAUAAAGAAUCUUUGGUUUUGGACAUUGAGUAGUGUGUUACCAGAUUAUCUACUCUCUUGCUGUCAUUCUUUUCUUUCUUUGUGUUUUGUCACUUUAUGUUUAGUCUGCUUUA